AUGAAAAGAGUCAUUGGCUCUCUUGUAUGCCAGACCAGUUUAGCAGAGGUUUGCAUCGAGGCUAAUACCAAGCAUAGACUAGGGGGUGUCGAUUUCGAUGCUGCGACCCGCAUGCCGACAUCCCUAACUUGGUACGACUGGAUCGGCCCUCGAAUCAAGUGUCUAGACGAUACCACUGCCCCCACUAUAAUAACGGACUUGCCUACUGGUGAGGGCGUCAAGUACGCCUUUGUGAAAUGGUCAGCUCGAGGGGAUAAGCUGGCGGUCACUGUGAAAGGUGUUACCGGUCAGUCCAACUCGUCGUGCCCCUGCCUUCCUACGGCAGAUACUACCAAUUCCAGCAUCAGCGUUUAUAUCAUCGAUGCCCUCACAGGCCAAGCUAAUCGUAUAGGGGAAGGCCUACGGCUCAAUGCUGUAACGGGUGCAUGCCCUUACCUGUGGUCCACUGAUGGGGAACAGCUCCUCCUCUGGUGUGUGCCCGAUGCCAAUAUGAAGGAUAUCGAUAGCAAGAUGGACCGACUGUUCAGUCCACCGGAAGGGCCGGUGACACAGGAGUGUCAUGGAAAGAAGCAAGAGGCACGGACCUACGCUAACACCCUGAAGUCCUCUCAUGACGAUAUGCUUUUCGAGUACUACACUACGACCCAAAUGCACCUCCACACUGUGAGUAGUGGCGAGACAAAGCCAUUGGGCGGGCCAGCUAUGAUAACCGACACGUCCUUCUCCCCGGAUGGCCGCUUUUUGCUCUUGACGGAGAUAACCGGGCCUCCCUUCAGCCGUGAGUAG